AAUGUCCUCCGGAGGUGAUCGUUGCCAAGUCACGCGUUUCGCAGAGCAGAUUAGUCUCCAACGGAUCAAUGUGGAUGUUGCCGUCAGCGGCGUCACGAUUUGGAGCUUACCUGGAGAUCAACCGCGGAUGUCUAACACGCACGCGCGCGCAGAAUUCGCACUGGCAUUUCGCGCACGCGCACAUUUGACGCUGCGGCAUCUUCGUUUUCGCGAGCAGCGGACAAGACUGAAGGCAGGUCGGGACUCAUUUCUCGUCUUGUUUUUGUGUGCGCGCGUGUUCAGGGUGACAGUCCAACAUCUGAUCAGGAUGAUGCCGAUGACGAGCUCGCCGUCAGACAAGAUGAAAAAGAAAUGGUCCAAAGACAGCCUCACUCUGUUGCCGUGUUUCUACUUUGUGGAGCUCCCCAUCGUGGCGUCGUCCAUGGUGUCGCUGUACUUCCUGGAGUUGACGGACGUGGUGCGGCCUCCGCAAGUGGCCUUUCGCUGCCACGACCGCGAUCUCAGCAAACCCUACGUGGACGGAGGGGACGAAAUGAUUCCGCUGCUCAUGCUGCUCAGCCUCGCCUUCGCCGGGCCGGCCGCUUCGAUCAUGUCGGUGGAGGCGUUCCUUUACUUUCUGCAGUCCCGAAGCAAAGGACGGCAAACGGAAGGCAGCAUCAACGCGGGAGGCUGCAACUUCAACUCCUUCUUACGGAGGACCGUCCGCUUUGUGGGCGUGCACGUCUUCGGUCUGUGUGCGACGGCGCUGGUCACUGACGUCAUCCAGCUGGCGACGGGCUACCACGCGCCCUUCUUCCUCACCGUGUGUAAACCCGACUACAGUCACGUCUCCUGCGACGCCGACGCCUAUGUGACCCAAGAUGUCUGCUCCGGACACGACCGGCACGCCAUCGCGGCCGCCAGGAAAACUUUCCCAUCGCAGCACGCAACUCUGUCUGCCUUUGCCGCAGUCUACGUUUCCAUGUAUUUCAACUCCAGCAUCCCAGACAGCACCAGACUGCUGAAGCCCGUCUUGGUGUUCUUGUUCGCCAUGGCCGCCGCACUGACGGGCCUGACUCAGAUCACGCAGCACCGCAGCCACCCCGUCGACAUCUACGUGGGCUUCCUGAUCGGAGCCUUCAUCGCCGCCUACUUGGCUUUUCACGCCGUGGGCAACUUCAAGUCUUCUGACAUCACUCCGGAGCCGCCUCUUCCGCCCACCCUGGACGACCCUUUGCGAGCGCUGACCGAGCGCGGGCACGAGUCGGUCUAUAACAAGGGCCCUGCCUCGGCCUCUGAGAGCAAUGACGAGAUCGCGGCGACCCCGGGACCCCUGGAGCGCUUGGAUGGCGUGGGGCCGCUCCAGAGGGAGGUUGCGUCCACGGGGAGCCUGAAGAGGGCCAGUGUAGACGUCGAGCUGAUGGCGCCGCGGAGUCCCAUGGCCAAGGAAACCAUGCUGACCUUCAGCAACACUUUGCCGCGGACCAACAUCGACGUCGGCGACGCGAUGCCGGCGACGGUCCGGCCUGUCCGGCCCGUCCAGCGACGUCUGAAGACGGUCCCCGUCCCGACGGACCCGGUCUCGUCGCGUUGUCUGUCGUCGGAAUGGAAGCAGAAGUCCGCGGAAGGACGGGACGAGAGCAGCGAUGACGGCUCAGAGGCGCCGAGGGACGACCGAAGCUCUCCUGUUCACGUCUGUCAGCCCGCGUCGUCAUCUCGCAAGACCGCUCCCAAUCGGAACCAGACUCCUCCUCCGGGAGGCGCCAAAGCCGUGGUGUCGCCUAGACCGCCUCAGAUCCCUGAAGCCGGGCCGCCUCCCGUCUCGCCGAAGAGCACCUUAGCCCGUGCCAAGUGGUUGGCAAUUCGAGAGAAGACCGGCGGGGAAGUGUCAGGUCGCGUCGCGGCCAAUCAGCCGCGACUGGUUCAGGUGAUCGCCAUGUCCAAGCAGCAAGGCCUCCUGUCUUCACGUGAAAAAUCCUCAGAAAGCACCGGAAGCUCCUCCGCCCUGCCCUCUCUGCGCCCCCGACCGGCCAGUGAGAAGCAACGCGAUGCCAUCCUCACCGUGGACGCCCACGCUUCGCAUCACCCCCUGGCCCGAGCGCCCCUGAGUCCCUGGGAGUUGGCCGGGGCCAACCCACCGGACGCGUACGACUUGAACAGCCUCCAGCGGGGAGAUUCCGCCGCCUGCGGCAGCAGUUUCCGGCCGUGCCGGUCCACCGGCGGAGCCUCUGAAGCGGUGCAUCUGAUGCCGACGCAAUUUGAGGUGCUGACGGACACGCAGCGCAAGGAAAUGGCAACCAGACGCAAGACGGCCCUGGUUCUUCUGGAGCGAGAUGCUCAACUGACUAACGAGGAGAUUCACUUCAACAGUUUCCGAGGUCGCAGAGGGAAGGAUUAGUCCGGUGAAAAAGACGAGGGCACCUGUAAUUGUCAUGCAGCCGCAUCACUUCAUGGAAUGAUUUUGAUUCGUCACUGUGUUGAGCAGCGGGCGGGGCUGCUGAACGCCUGACGCCGACCGCAGACAUCCAUGCGUAGACGCAAUAUUGAGUGCUGAAUCGCGGCCGCGUCACCACCGUAUUGGAUGCGGAAAAGCUGAACGGCUGACGUUCAGGUCGCCACCGUUUUACGCGCAAAGCCAGACCUCGUGCCACCGAGACUGGACCAUGACAUUUAACGCCAGCGCUUUUCUCAACGCUCAAAUCUGCUUGACAUAUAAACUAGAUGGCGGGAACAGGAAGAUUGCGGCUGACCGUUCAUUUUCACAACACAAUCUACUGAUAAUUGCGUCUCGUUCGCUGGAUGGAUAAUGAAGACAGUCUUUCUUUGGUUGUUGUCAAUAUUGCUGGAUCAAUUAUCUAUCACUGAAAAUAAAAAUCCAAAUUUGGUAAA